AUGGAGCGACUUCGCCGUCGAAUCGAGCUCUUCAGGAGACAUCACACCAGCUGCGAGAACCGCUACGACAACACAGCGAGGGAGCGGCUGGAGAUGGAACGGCAGCAGACCUUUGCACUGCACCAACGGUGCCUGCAAACCAAGGCCAAGCGGUCGAGUAAGCACAGGCAGCCACAGCCAACAUCCGACCAAGCAGUUCAGAGAGGGUCAGGGACCGGGGGCAACAACGCAGACCCAGGGGAUGGUGGAACGCCCGAGCAGAGCAGAAACAGCACUUUGAUUGCGGUAAGUUACCAUUUCAGGGAGUGGAUGCACAUGCACUAGAAAUCUGAUAACAGCUCCGUGGCAGUGAUUUUAUUUGCGCAUUCCUGCGUUAAAUUAUUACUUUUCAUGUGCAAUUAUUGCAAGUCAAGGAAAGAGCAUUUGCUAUCAUUUGUAGUGUGCUCCGUGUGCAGUGGUUGUCAUAGAAGAGUUGUAGCAAGUAUCAUGUGUGCUCCUGGGCGCAUGCUGGAUGGCUGCUGUCACAUGUUCUCAUUGUUGUCCUGCUGUGUUUACUAGGCAGCCUUUAGCAUGCUGGAGCUCAAUGGUCUCAGCAUCCAUUAAGCGAAUAACACAAUUUUUGUUGCUGUGGUGAAACUCAUUUCCCCCACUAUAUUAGUUAAAACAUAAAUUUACAUGUAACAGAAUAUGGAAAGGACUUAGGUUUUUCAACAAGGCACAUUGUUAAAGUUGUUCUGUGUCACACAGUGAGGUGUCCACUAGAGUGGUCCAUGUAUUGUUGUCACUGAAGUUAAUGUAUAGUCACAGCCAUUUUCUAGAGUUGUCACGGGUCUCUAAAUUAUCAGAAUGCUGAUAGCACAGCCAAAGUGGGAUACCCAAGUCACAUAUUAAAAGACUCGGCUUCUCUCUCUUGUGACUCAGAUAAAUAGCUAAGUAUUCAGUGAGUGCUCACACUCCAAGAACAUUCUAGUCUCUGCUAAUAUCUAGGCUUGUUUCUUUCUUCAUCAAUCAUCCAGUUGUCCAAAGGACUUAUAAUCAACCAUGGUGGGAAAAAAAGCUGCUGCCUCCAUUGUUUUCAGUGUUGAUUAAGGCCCUAUCGGGUGUUGGGGGAAAUUUCCGUUUGCUCAAGUUACCUCUACUGACCCUGUAGAAAAUAUCCCUGGCAUAUGUUAUACUCGAGGGAAACUGAAAAGUGAAAAGGAACAAUUGAAUUACACUUGACAAAUUAGCGACCUUUUGCUGUACUACUUCCAGUCUUGUAUUUACAUGUGUUGUGGAGAUAGGAAAAGUAGGAUGGAAUACAUUUUUACAUUUUAGUCAUUUAGCAGACGCUCUUAUCCAGAGCGACUUACAGUUAGUGAGCGCAUACAUUUUUCAUGCAGUUUGGUUGUCUUGGCAGGCUGACCUACCUACCAUGGCAGUAUCCAUUUGGACAGUUUUGUUUUUUGCCAUGACCCUACCUGAAGCAUUUAGCCUCUGUGACCCCUCUUAACGAUGGAAUCUGCAUUAGGAGAAACAGCGUCACUGUCCGCCCCAGCACCUUUGGUAUUGUUUUUGAUUUGUGGAUAAAACUGAGGCGUGUUGCGCUGAGCAGUGUGGCAAAAGAAAUUGCUGUACAUAUUCUGCUGUUCUAUCGCACAUGCAAUGAUGUCAGAGGGGGAAAAACAGUGUUUGUUGUUUGCAGUAACAACUUUGUCAUAAUAUACCAAAUGGACGUGGCAGUUUCACAAUUAAGGAUUCCAAUUUUAAGUCUGAGAAAUAUAAAAGCAAUUUUUUCCACAUCCCAGGCUUCAGUCACGGCCCAGUAGGAAUUGACUGCCUCCCACCAUUUGGGCAACAGCUGCAUUAGGACAAUAUAACUAGCCUCUGAAUGAUGACUCAGGGGUAUUAGAAAAGCCAACUCCACCCCCAGCCUAAUGCUCUGAGCCUCUGACUCAUCAUUGCUCUCAGUGCCCUUUCCUGAUCCACACAAUGCAAUGCCACGGUCUAGCUGUGUGUAUAUCAAGCCACGGGGCAGAACUUGACUCUCUCUCCCAUUGUUGAUGCACCCUAUAACCUAGGAGUAAUGUCACUUACUAAGUGACUGUGGCACUGUGCUAGCAAGCUACUUAGCCUGUCUGUCAUUGUCACUCUGUGCCAUUUUAACAAGGCUCAUCUCCAGCCUGGCCAGUCAGUAUGAGGUUAAAGCUUGUGCUAUAAACUGUCCCCCCAGCCCAUAGUUAGACCGGCCAGCCGCUCCGUUCCACUCCUGCACAUCCCAGGGAGGCCCAUUGUGGCCACACCGGUGGCUUCAAAGGCAAAACGGGCGCUCUCUUUGCGCUGGGCCCGAGGUUUGGAAUUCGGCAUGCUCCCCUCCACGGCCCAGGCACUAGCUCUUUUGUUGUAGGGCUUCCUCCGUCUAUACACAUGGUAAUUCGUUUCAUGUGACUAUGGGGUCUGUGGUAGUAGUGGUAGCGGCGGUGGUUGCUCAGAAGGAGGGGUGGGGGAGGCAGAGAGGGGAGAGUGAAAGUCAGAGACCAGUUUUUCAGGUUCAUAAAGCACUGGAGUGAGUCACUAGACUAGACUUUCUUUCCUCCGGGGGAAUGAUUGGGUUAGAGACGAGGCCAGAUCAGAUGAGCCGUGCACACACUCUUCUCUCUCUAAAGCCAAACAGCUCGGCACAGCCAGCGCACAAAGUGUGAGAGACCAGAUCAAACGAGCGGUGCGCUGCCUAUGUUGACAACGGUAUUGUUGUGUUAAAGUGGAACUGACAGCGUUUUAACUACUUUGCAGAUAUGAAACAGACAAUCAAAUCAGUCCAAAAUAUGAAAUUCCCAGUUUAUGCUACAACACCAAGUGGUCUAAGGCACUGCAUCGCAGUGCUAGCUGUGCCACUAGAGAUCCUGGUUUGAAUCUAGGCUCUGUCGUAGCCGGCCGUGACCGGGAGACCCGUGGGGAGGCGCACAAUUGGCCCAGCGUCGUCCAGGGUAGAGGAGGGAAUGGCCAGCAGGGAUGUAGCUCUGUUGGUAGAGCAUGGCGUUUGCAAGCCAGGGUUGUUGGUUCGAUUCCCACGGGGGGCCAGUAUGAAAAAUAAAAUAAUGUAUGCAUUCACUAACUGUAAGUCGCUAUGGAUAAGAGCGUCUGCUAAAUGACACACAAAAAAAAAAAAAAAAAAGUUUUAAAAUAGGUUCUAUUUGACUCAACGAUCCAUGACAUACAUUAAAGCAUUGUUGGCAGAAUAGAUGGAUGCAGUUCAACGCAUGAUUCAUAUAAUUCACUGAUACAUUUCUUGGUAGUCCAAAAAAAUAUUGCUGUCAGGUUGUAAAUCACAGCUGGCCUGGUACAUUGUUUGCUGCCUCCAUUCGGGAUGCACGGUUUCAGUUUCAAUGACUCAAUAUUUUGGACAAAAACGGACGAAUGUAACUAAGGCUGGGAAUGUCAAUACAAUCAGACUAGCAAGGGCAAUGAUCACUAGUCACUCAUAAUGUGGCUAAUAGGCUACCGUAUCUAUUUAUGUAGCAAGUUAAAACACGGAGCCUAACGUUAGUUAGCUAGCUAGCUGCUAGGAGGAUGUCAUGUCAUUAGACGAGUGAGUGACUGACUUUUUCCCCUCAUCGUUUUUCGGUGGCUAUACACAGCUAGAGAUGCAGGUGUCAUUUGUUUAGCUAGCAAUAACUUAUAAUAAUAAUAAUAUGCCAUUUAGCAGACGCUUUUAUCCAAAGCGACUUACAGUCAUGCGUGCAUACAUUUUUUGUGUAUGGGUGGUCCCGGGGAUCGAACCCACUACCUUGGCGUUACAAGCGCCGUGCUCUACUAGCUGAGCUAGCAUAUCUCUUGUGUUCGCAAAUUCACUCUGGCUAUCUAGCUACUCCGAUUUCAGAGCACUCUCGUCUGAGUGUGCCAGUGCGCAGAAUAACUGAUGAAGUUACGAAUGUGCAACACCCGCUGAAAAUGACCGGUGUCAGUAAACGUAGGCAAAAAAAGUAAGUUAGUCACAAAUGCUCUAGAUAGCAUGUAAACAGCCUAACCAACUCUGCUAGGGCGAGUAAAAUGGUCAGUGAGGUGUUCUCAUUUGUGUCUGGAAGUAGCCAGUUAGCUUGGGUGCUUGGUUGGGCCAGGCAAGCUGUAGAAGGAUGAGUAGGCUACAAUUCUCCAUCGUCUAUCAGUGCAAUUUUGACAGCCAACUAGCUGAAAAGGUUUGAGAGGAUUUAUCUAAUGUUCCGUUGUUAGAUUUUAGCACAUCUUGCUCUGGCUAGCAUUAGUUAUUGAUCUUGUUGUUGAUGUGCAUAACUGAGAGAGCGAGAGCCUACCUUUUCAUAGUUGUUUGAUCAAUAGGACUGUAAAAUUCCCAAAUGUUAGACGACUCCCGUGGUAUUUGCAGAAAUCCAUUCAGGUGUAUUAUAAUGAUAUAAUGUCGCAACUGCCUAUAAACACACAGUCCAGUUCAAUUGAUGAUGGCAGGCCUGUGUGGUAAAUGGCUUGUUUGCAUAAAGGCCUACUGUAGCUCUGAUUGGCUAUGGUGCACCGGUCUGCGUAGACUCCGGUCCUGGACAAGACAUGUUUUUACAUCUCAUCUUUCAUCUAGAUCGCAGCCUUUAUGUGUGCAGGCUGGCUCCACUCGGCUCAGAGGUUUUAUUAGCCUCUAAUAGGUACAGUUGAAGUCGGAAGUUUACAUACACCUUAGCCAAAUACAUUUAAACUCAGUUUUUCACAAUUCCUGACAUUUAAUCCUAGUAAAAAUCCCCUGUCUUAGGUCAGUUAGGAUCAACACUUUAUUUUAAGAAUGUGAAAUGUGAGAAUAAUAGUAGAGAGAAUUAUUUAUUUCAGGUUUUAUUUAUUUCAUCACAUUCCCAGUGGGUCAGAAGUUUACAUACACUCAAUUAGUAUUUGGUAGCAUUUAAAUUGUUUAACUUGGGUCAAACGUUUCGAGUAGUCUUCCACAAGCUUCCCACAAUAAGUUGGGUGAAUUUUGGCCCAUUCCUCCUGACAGAGCUGGUGUAACGGAGUCAGGUUUGUAGGCCUCCUUGAUCGCACACGCCUUUUCAGUUCAUAUUUUCAAUAGGAUUGAGGUCAGGGCUUUGUGAUGGCCACUCCAAUACCUUGACUUUGUUGUCCUUAAGCCGUUUUGACACAACUUUGGAAGUAUGCUUGGGGUCAUUGUCCAUUUGGAAGACCCAUUUGCGACCAUGCUUUAACUUCCUGACUGAUGUCUUGAGAUGUUGCUUCAAUAUAUCCACAUGAUUUUCCUUCCUCAUGAUGCCAUCUAUUUUGUGAAUUGCAACAGUCCCUCCUGCAGCAAAGCACCCACACAGCAUGAUGCUGCCACCCCUGUGCUUCACGGUUGGGAUGGUGUUCUUCAGCUUGCAAGCCACCCCCUUUUUCCUCCAAACAUAACAAUGGUCAUUAUGGCCAAACAGUUCUAUUUUUGUUUCAUUAGACCAGAGGACAUUUCUCAAAAAAGUACGAUCUUUGUCCCCAUGUGCAGUUGCAAACCGUAGUCUGGCUUUUUUAUGAUGGUUUUGGAUGUUGUUCUGGAAUUGAUUUGCACUUUUCGCACCACAGUACGUUCAUCUCUAGGAGACAGAACGUGUCUCCUUCCUGAGCGGUAUGACGGCUGCGUGGUCCCAUGGUGUUUAUACUUGCAUACUAUUGUUUGUACAGAUUAAUGUGGUACCUUCAGGCAUUUGGAAAUUGCUCCCAAGGAUGAACCAGACUUGUGGAGGUCUACAAAAAAUUUCUGAGGUCUUGGCUGAUUUCUUUUGAUUUUCCCAUGAUGUCAAGCAAAGAGGCACUGAGUUUGAAGGUAGGCCUUGAAAUGCAUCCACAGGUACACUUCCAAUUGACUCAAAUGAUGUCAAUUAGCCUAUCAGAAGCUUUUAAAGCCAAGACAUCAUUUUCUGGAAUUUUCCAAGCUGUUUAAAGGCACAGUCAACUUAGUGUAUGUAAACUUCUGACCCACUGGAGUUGUGAUACAGUGAAAUAAUUUUUCUGUAUAUUUUUUUUUGAGGGGGGGGGGGGGCUACCCGGUUUGCGGAGACUUUACACGAGCUGCCGAGCUAAAACAUCUUUGUUUUGGCAUGAAUUAAUUCUGGGGGAUUCGGGCGACAUGGUGUUCUUGGGGAACCAAUGCUCGUCGGUAUCACAAAUCCUGGGGAUAGACUCCUCCUUUCCUCCCUUUCCUUCCAUCCCUAGAUGAUCCUCAUGGUAUAGAUGUACUACACUGAUAGUGCAUGGAAAUGACACUUUGCUUUUUACUGCAGUCUAUUAAUUGUCCAAACGCACAGCCGCUUUCCCACUCUAUAUUGCUAUAGAAUUUUCACAAAAUAUAAGUAAUUCCCAAACAUUCUAAGAAUUUAUUUAUUCUAAGAACACCCUAUGUGUUUUAAUAAAGUCAACUAUACGCAUUGAGCUUGUCUGACGCUUUAAGCUUACUGUUUGAUGAAAUAAGUCACAGAGGGAGCCAGAGAUCUAGAUAACCAGAAGAAGAAACCUUAACCUGACCCAACCAUUCUCCUCCUGCUCCUACUGGCUUUCGCAGUUUCUGCCAUUACUCUCCUGAAGUUGCCGGUAAUAGGCUACACGAGGAGUCUGCAACCUUUCUCAUGUGGAAUGGCAAUUUAUCUUACAAUUUCUACCGAUCUGCGUGCCAGUUAUGGUUUUCAUAUUUAUAUUAACAUCUUCAUAUCUCAAUCAUUGUCAUGUGGUUAAUCAAAAUUCUAUCCAAAUCUAAAUGAAAAUAAUAAUACAAACCUAAAAAUUAACUUCUAUUGCCAUUGCCAACUAUGUAAAAAUAGCCCAAAUAAAAACAUUGCAGCCUGCAGGUAGAAAAUAUUCUGAUUUAAAAAAAAAAAAAUAAAAAUAAAAAAAAAUUCAUAUAAAUCACAUUGGCUACGCAUGGUCUGUCUGCAAUGAACUUGAAACAUUGUAUUAACUAUUAACUUGGGUCCAGCCUAAGCUUGUGCUAGCGCCCAGAGUUUCCUGCGCCAGUGAGCUCUGGACAGACACAGCUGUAGGCUAUUUGCGCAAGGGAUAAGAAGCAGUGCUUGACUUGGGCAGGAGCUCACCGGAGCUGAGUACCGGCACCUCAAAUGUUCUACUGCUUGAAUUCCUUUUCCUCUUAUGGAAUAUUAGCUAAACAGGAUUGUGGAGCUCUUGCACCUAAAUAUAAACAGUACCAGCACCCAAUGAGUACCGGAACCUAUUUAAUUCCAAGUCAAGCACUGAAUCAGGUAGGCCUAUUUUAUGACGUUUCAACUGGAUCAGAGCACAACAUUUUUCCCUUUCACGCUGAGUGGUUGUCGAAAGGGAGAGAGCUGGAAAUACUUUUCAAGUACAUUGAGGAACUAUUGUCAUUCUCAAGGGAUGUAAAAACAGACUUUGUUUGCUUGCUGUUUGAGGUGAAGAUACAAUUACUUUGAGAAGCUCCACAGCUCAUUAGUGGUGGUGCGUUAAGCCAAUCAGAAAUACUAUCAUAUCCUCAAUAUGUGUAGAAUAGGUUGUGAGCUCUGCAAACAAAGUGUCCACUCCGACAAUGAGAACGGUAAAAGACUGGAAUAAUAAUAUAUUGAAAGCAUGAACAUAAAUUACCAUAACCAAACAAACAUUGUAGAUGAGAAAUUAUAGGAAUUAACGGUAAAUGCACUACUGGUGAUAUAUGUAAUGGGGAAUUGAUAUACACUAACAAUCAAACACAAACAAUUCACAAAAUGAAGUUAUGAAACAAUGAAUGCACAAAUUGGUGGGAGAGAGCGCAUUCUGGAGAGAGCAGUGCAUCGGGGCGCUGCAUAGUCAAUCAGACGUCUGCAUUGGCCAUGCAGCAUUUACGGUUACGUGGCCUCUGCAGAAGUCAGGGCAUUCAUACUGCUUCGCGGAAAAGUGCAGAGCUAUUGUGAAGGAAGUUAUCAAGGAAGUGAGUUUGUGUUUAUACAGGAUGUACCGCCCCCACCUACCGUCAACCAGUCAUGUCAAUGCGGAGCUAUACAGAAACCUCCACAUUGUUACAAAAUUUGAGAGGCGCGAUGCGGAGUUCGAUUUGGCCUCUGCAUGCAGCUGGAGGCUCCGCAAUUGCGUCACACCCUCCAUAUGGAGCCAUUUUCAGAUCAAGCAUAAAUUGGCUUUUAGUCUAGGCAUUCGCAAUGGAUUAGUUCACUGAGAUGGGCGCAAAUAUAUUUAUUUAUUUAUCGACCAACAGCCUAUUGACCAAUCGACUAAUUGGGGUCAGCCCUAGACUCUAGCAUGGAAAAAAACUAAAACGUAUUGAUCCCGCUUUGUGAAAUAGGCUACAACCCAGUGCUGAACUACGAUCAGGUCCCGCCAUCCAUGUAAUCUUAUUAAUGAUGAUCUAAAAGGCAAUCCUGAUCCUAGAUCAGCACUCUGGCUUGAUGAAUACGGGCCAAGAGCUGUGUAAAGCUCUCCUAAAAACCCAUGUGAAGUUUGACCGUGUUUGACAAUUCAGACGGCUUGUAUACCUUAUGGCAAGCUGCCAGUCCAGUCACAGGAAGCUAACCUAAGCAAAGUCAUAAGGUUGCAUUACUGCCCUCAUAAGGUUCUGUGUCUGACACCAUCAGUGACCAUCCAGUGACAGUUAUACUCUCCACUCCGGGUCUGUUUCUCACCACUGGGGAUAAGUAGCUGCUUAAUUAUUUAAUGUCACAAUUUUACUUUCUAUAGAGAUCAAAGCUCUUAAUAUUUUAAAGGGGUAACUUGCCUCUACACAGUGAUGAAAGGGGUUUUAUUUCCUUGUGAAACAGUGUAAUGUUCACAGGAAAAUUAAGCAUAUCUUCAUGCUAGCUGUACCCAUAGACUUCCAGUCUUUUUGGUAAGCUAGUUAGCAUUGGCUCGCAAAACUACCUCCAACUUCCUUCAUACUGGACGCAGAUAAAUACAAAUGAUAUCCACGAGUUCAUCUGACUCUAUCCCUUUUUAAAUGCAAAAACCAACUUCUCUGAAGUUGAAAAUGGCCUAGGCCUAUGUAAUAAAAUAAAUAAUAUGCCAUUUAGCAGACGCUUUUAUCCAAAGCGACUUACAGUCAUGCGUGCAUACAUUUUUUAAAUGUGGCAUCGAUAUUAGUCAAACAUUUACUCCAGUGUCAAAAUUGACUAAAGUUUUAGGAUAAAAAAAAUCCAGAAAAUCACAUUGUAGGAUUUUUAAUGAAUUUAUUUGCAAAUUAUGAUGGAAAAUAAGUAUUUGGUCACCUACAAACAAGCAAGAUUUCUGGCUCUCACAGACCUGUAACUUCUUCUUUUAAGAGGCUCCUCUGUCCUCCACUCGUUACCUGUAUUAAUGGCACCUGUUUGAACUUGUUAUCAGUAUAAAAGACACCUGUCCACAACCUCAAACAGUCACACUCCAAACUCCACUAUGGCCAAGACCAAAGAGCUGUCAAAGGACACCAGAAACAAAAUUGUAGACCUGCACCAGGCUGGGAAGACUGAAUCUGCAAUAGGUAAGCAGCUUGGUUUGAAGAAAUCAACUGUGGGAGCAAUUAUUAGGAAAUGGAAGACAUACAAGACCACUGAUAAUCUCCCUCGAUCUGGGGCUCCACGCAAGAUCUCACCCCGUGGGGUCAAAAUGAUCACAAGAACGGUGAGCAAAAAUCCCAGAACCACACGGGGGGACCUAGUGAAUGACCUGCAGAGAGCUGGGACCAUAGUAACAAAGCCUACCAUCAGUAACACACUACGCCGCCAGGGACUCAAAUCCUGCAGUGCAAGACGUGUCCCCCUGCUUAAGCCAGUACAUGUCCAGGCCUGUCUGAAGUUUGCUAGAGUGCAUUUGGAUGAUCCAGAAGAGGAUUGGGAGAAUGUCAUAUGGUCAGAUGAAACCAAAAUAUAACUUUUUGGUAAAAACUCAACUCGUCGUGUUUGGAGGACAAAGAAUGCUGAGUUGCAUCCAAAGAACACCAUACCUACUGUGAAGCAUGGGGGUGGAAACAUCAUGCUUUGGGGAUGUUUUUCCGCAAAGGGACCAGGACGACUGAUCCGUGUAAAGGAAAGAAUGAAUGGGGCCAUGUAUUGUGAGAUUUUGAGUGAAAACCUCCUUCCAUCAGCAAGGGCAUUGAAGAUGAAACGUGGCUGGGUCUUUCAGCAUGACAAUGAUCCCAAACACACCGCCCGGGCAACGAAGGAGUGGCUUCGUAAGAAGCAUUUCAAGGUCCUGGAGUGGCCUAGCCAGUCUCCAGAUCUCAACCCCAUAGAAAAUCUUUGGAGGGAGUUGAAAGUCCGUGUUGCCCAGCGACAGCCCCAAAACAUCACUGCUCUAGAGGAGAUCUGCAUGGAGGAAUGGGCCAAUACACCAAUACCAACCUUGUGAAGACUUACAGAAAACGUUUGACCUAUGUCAUUGCCAACAAAGGGUAUAUAACAAAGUAUUGAGAAACUUGUGUUAUUGACCAAAUACUUAUUUUCCACCAUAAUUUGCAAAUAAAUUCAUUAAAAAUCCUACAAUGUGAUUUUCUGGAUUUUUUUUCCUCAUUUUGUCUGUCAUAGUUGACGUGUACCUAUGAUGAAAAUUACAGGCCUCUCUCAUCUUUUUAAGUGGGAGAACUUGCACAAUUGGUGGCUGACUAAAUACUUUUUUCCCCCCACUGUAGCUCCAUUAUCCUUUCUACAUAAUUUACAUCUGGUUUUAGUCUUACAUUUAACCUGAGAACUUUUUACCAUUCUGUAAAUGAUCAAAAAUAAAUUAUUUUACAAUGAUAGUUUGAACCAUGUUUUGAGGCUAUACAGUCUGUUUACAUUUAUAGUAUUUACAAGAGUGUGCAAAGCUGUCAUUAAGGCAAAGGGUGGCUACUUUGAAGAAUCUCAAAUAUAACAUGUAUUUUGAUUUUAUUUAACACUUUUUUAUUUUGGUUACUACAUAAUUCCAUAUGUGUUAUUUCAUAGUUUUGAUGUCUUCACUAUUAUUCUACAAUGUAGAAAAUAGUGAAAAUAAAGAAAAACCAUUGAAUGAGUUGGUGUGUCCAAACUUUUGACUGGUACUGUAUAUCAUUAAUUUAUAAGUCAAAUAAUGGAUGUAGGAACUAAGGAUUACAUUUCAGUCAUUUAGCAGACGCUUUUAUCCAGAGCGACUUACAGUAGUGAGUGCAUACAUUUUCGUACUAGUCCCCCGUGGGAAUCGAACCCACAACCCUGGCGUCGCAAGCGCCAUGCUCUACCAACUGAGCCACACGGGACGUUGUGCAUUUAUUAACUUGUUAUUUACUCUAGUUGCAGGAGUCUGUGAAGAGGAAGCUGGAGAGCGCUGGCUCCCCUGGUCAGGUCAACGGCUUCAGCGACAGCUACCCCCCGUCCAAGAAGGCCUGCCUAGACAACGGCACGUCCAACGGCGGCAUCCCCCCUUGCUCACCCCUGGACUCCAAGCACGGCAUUGGCGCUGACUCUCUCAUACCCAAUGGUGGAGAGCCCGGUGGCGCCACCGCGGGGAAGCAGGAGUUCCAGCUCAAAGAGAUGAAGCAGGAGCCCAUGGAUGACAUCCUCCCCUGCAUGCUGCCAUCAGGGGGCGGAGCCAGCAACAGCCUCUUCCCUGACCUCAACUUCAACGAGCAGGAGUGGACGGAGCUCAUGGAGGAGCUCAACCGCUCGGUGGCAUAUGAGGACAUCCAGGACAUCCUCAACGACGGCUUCGAGGACCGCAAGGACCUCCCUGAUCUGGCCGGACCCACCCCUGGGACGGGCGCACAGUCUGGGGGAACCUUACAGGGAGGCCUCCUGCUUCCGGACCUGGCUAGCGUCAAGACAGAGUUCUCCCCGGACUCGCGCACCGGCUCGCCCCACGUCAGGCCCACGUCGUCGGGGCCACCAAUGCAGCACUCCGCCAGCUCCCCGGCAGCGGCCACCUCCACCGCCUCCUCCCCGGCCCUGCCCCAGCCCCUCGGCCAGCAGCCUCCCCCAUCUAGGCAGCUCCCUCCCCAGAACCACCGCCUUCCCCCGGGGCCUGUCUCCAAAGACCUGUCCCCUGCCCAGCAGCUCCAGCAGCUAGCCGCCCAGCAGCAGAGAGCCCAGCAGAUGCAGUCCCAGCUCCAACAGCAGCAACACGCUCAGAAACAGCAGCAAGCCCAAAAACAACAGCAACAACAGCAGCAAGCCCCCAAAUUCCACCCCCCUGGGUCCCACCCCUGCCGUCCAUCUUGGCCACCCCAGUCGGCCCCAUCUCAGAGCCCCCUAGGGGGCGCCUUCGGCCUGGAAAAGCCCACCAGCCCCUCCCGCUACCCCCAUGACUUCCCCAAUAACCCCAAGCCCCAGCUGAUGAUGCCCGGACAGCCCAACAAGGGCUCACCCAAAGCCGUGGCCGGCGGGUACCUGCAGCCCGGAGGCCCCCACACCAACAUGCUGGGCCACCCUGCCCAAGGAACAGGGGCCCCGCUCAGCCACCCUGCAGCAGCAGGCCCCGGGGGCCUGGGCUCUGCCAUGCUCAACUACAGCAACACCAAGCCCCUGUCCCACUAUGAGGCUGCGGCCCAGGGGCCACCGCAGGGCCCCCCCAGUGCCCAGAGCCAGAACAAGGCAGCGCUGCUAUCGCUCCUCAGACAGCAGCAGCAGUUGAAACAGAAACAAGGCCUGCCCUUCAGACCACAGCUACCCCACGGCCAGGUAAGACUACAGCUCAUCCUGAAUGUUAUCACAAGACUGCUCAUUGUGUAACCAGUACUUUUAUGUGACCAGGUUUGAUAUCAUGAAGUAGGCUUAAAAAGGCUUUGUUAUAAGAGUCAAGGAUCGGGGUCCUGGGUGGCGCAGCACUACAGGUUCGAUGUCACAACAGGCCGUGUCCGGGAGCCCCAUAGGCCGUCCAGUGAAGGGGUGGGUUUGGCCGGUGGUGCUUUCCUUGGCUCAUCGUGCUCUAGUGACUCCUUGUGACAGGGCCGGGCACCUGCAAGCUGACUCCGAUCGUCAGUCGAGCUGUGUUUUCUCUGACACAUUGGUGCGGCUGACAUCUGGGCUAAGCAAGCAGUGUGAUAAGAAGUAGUCGGCCAGGUGGGUCAUGUUUCGGAGGACGCAUGACUCGACCUUCGCCUCUCUCGAGCCCAUUGAGGAGUUGCAGAGAUGAGCCAAGGGACCAAAUUUGGGAAGAAAACAGGGCUAAAAAAAUAUGCUUGUGUAAUACCACUCUGAACACGCCUGUUCAGAGUCAGGCCUGGUUAGUACCUGGACAGGAGACCACCUGUUCAGAGUCAGGCCUGGUUAGUACCUGGACAGGAGACCACCUGUUCAGAGUCAGGCCUGGUUAGUACUGGGACAGGAGACCACCUGUUCAGAGUCAGGCCUGGUUAGUACUGGGACAGGAGACCACCUGUUCAGAGUCAGGCCUGGUUAGUACUGGGACAGGAGACCACCUUUUCAGAGUCAGGCCUGGUUAGUACUGGGACAGGAGUCCACCUGUUCAGAGUCAGGCCUGGUUAGUACUGGGACAGGAGACCACCUGUUCAGAGUCAGGCCUGGUUAGUACUGGGACAGGAGACCACCUGGGAAUACCAGUGUUAGGCUAUAUUGGCAUUCUGAAUAACCGUUAAAAAUUUGAGGUCAACAAGUGUAUAUGAAGGGCUUACACUUACAUGACUUGGUUAGGAUCAUCACCCAAGCCUAACAUAAUUUCACACUGCUUGACUGGGAGAAUAGGAGCUAUCAACAUUUCCAACAGGGGAAAGACCCAAAGCAUGUUUUAUACUGACAUCAGCAAAUAGCAUUACAACUGGGGCACAAAGAACAUUCCAAGGCCAUGUUGUGUACAAACACACACAUACUCCCCCAGUUCUACGACGCUGGUGUAUGACAGAGUAUCAUUUUGACAUAUAAUUUUAACAUAUCAUUUCUGGGCAACAAUUAAGUACAUUACUGUUAAUACAAUGGUCAAAAAGAAACAAAAAUAGCUUCUUAGCAAAGAGCCAUUUCUCAAGCAAGGACUUCUAGGACUGUCUGGGAGUAGUAGGGAGGGGAAAUUUGAAAAUUAGCUGUUAUUGGCGUAGCAGUUUGGAACUCUCUUUCUUAUUGGUCUAUUAACACAUUUACCGCCUGGUGAUGUCACCAGGCAGGCCAAAACUCCAUCCCACCAAAACAGGCUGAAAUGUAAUGUGGUCUUUUCAAACAGCUCACAGUAUUAUUCCAACCUCCUAGUGUGGAUAUGUAUAUAAGACACAGGAAAAUCACGUUUUUGACUGCACUGGGCCUUUAAAGCAUACUGCAUGUAGGCUGAUAGUUGAUGGUGAAUCUAAGGACUAGCAGGCUUUUUAUGUUAGUCAACAAACACAACCCACACACUGUCAUUUAGUUUAUAUUUUGUUCCUACAAGUCUGGCAUGGGCCCCACGGUUCGAGGGGACAGUGUGUGUGUCUGGGUCAAGCAGCUGGUUGCUAAGGAGCUGGCAUGCAGUCUCCCAUGGGGGGUUGGGUGGUGGUGGGGGGAACCAGGGAGGGGACAGCCACAACAAAGCAGCCUUUCAUGCAUCCCUCUCUACCUCGCCUGUCCUCCACACCAGUGUAUUUUAGGAGUAGCCCCCCCCCCCCCCUUACUCUCUCUUAGCCCACUUGGGUUUUUUCCUCUCGCGAGAAGGGACUCUCUCUUCCCUUCUUGCUCUUCAUGCCCUCUCUCCCCCUCUCCCUGACUCAACUGUGUUCUGCGGCGUGAUGUGUGUGGACGGACCCAAAAUAUCCCCCGGCCGGAGCUAGAGGCCUGAGGCUAGCCCCUGAUAACUCUGGCCAACUUUCCAGAUGUUUCUAUGGAGAGAUGGUUAGCGCUGUGAUUCUCACAAAGUGAUGAACUUUCAAACUGAAGUUGUACAACCACAUUAUUCAUUUAAAGCUGUGUUGAUUAGGGACAUAACUUUUCUAGUUUUUUAGGUAAAGCUUGAGCUUUGAUUUGAGUGCUUUUUCCUUUGCUUUACAUCAAACCGUAGGUACCCAAAGCAAAGGACCAAUUUUCCCCAUGUUAUUUCUGAACAAAUUCCCUCCACUUUUUUGACUAGGCCCUAAAGCCUUACCUCAGACUCAACGCAGUCUCACUCCCUGUCCCUCUGGUUGACAUUAGUGGAAUAACCAGACAAUUUUCCCCAAUUUAAAUUUUGCAGGAGCAGAACUCGUACCCUGCCGCACCGCAGGGCCCUGGACCUGGCAACGCCAUGGCCACCCAGCCGGGGGGGCCCGGCAACGGAAUGGCGGGUAACCACGGCAACGCAGCCUACCUGUCGGGGCAGGUGGCGGCGGCGCUGAAGCAGCAGCAGCUGAUGGAGCAGCAGAAACAGUUCCUACUGGGCCAGAGGCAGCAGCUGAUCAUGGCCCAACAGGUCAAUACCCGGGGUCAAGGGUCAUGUACUGCUGGUUCUUCGGUAUUGUAGGUAGAAUUUGGGUCUUGGAUCAGGGUCUAGGAGCAGCUUACCCCACCCUCAAUCAUAACCACAAAAUACAAAGAGAACAGGCUUCGUGGCUCAUUCACAUGAUUGGUUUCAACUUGCCCUAUUACUAUGUAAAGACAGGAUCUCUGUCUGUUCUACCCGACUGGGCCUGCUAGUGCUGGGUCAGCAGUGUUCUACAUGUUGUCUAUUAGUAACAUAUACACAAGGGGAGCCAUUUGUCUGCAUGUAGAAGUGGUUAUAUGACUGGCAGUUUCACAGUAGGCGCUUUCCAUCUCUGAUCCUUGUCCAAGAGUAUGUAUGGGGAGGAAUAGCAGUCACCGGUAUAUGCAUGUAUGACACAUGCAUGCUCUAAUAUGUAUGUUUUCUGUGUUUCAGGAGAAACGGCGUCAGCAGCAAGAGCAGCAGCUCCAGAGGCACCUGACCCGUCCCCCUCCCCAGUAUCAUGACCAACAGAACCAGCAACCUGGGGCACAGAACAACCCCUUCCAGCAGCAGCAGGUCACCCAGUUUACAGGUAAAUAAGACCCUAUGUCACCACGUUACCUCCAGUGUAGCAUAACCCCCCCCCCCCCCCCCCCCCCCCCCCAGACACUCCUCCAUGGUCUUAAAAGGGUAUGUAGGGCUCUAAUCCAAUCCUCCACCUGAGUUCUGGCUGAAGUGUACAGCCGUUCACUACCCUUUAUGGAUUUCAGAUCAUUGAAUUGACAGGAUGUAGUUUCCUCCAUGUUUAGCCAUAUUGUUUUAAUUCAUUACACUAGGGCAGCAAAUUUUGUUUUUUGAUGACCCAAAAAGUUUCGGAAGUUUCCUUCAACCCAGCUGAAUAAACAGGCACAACCCAGUCGCUUGCCACAGCCCGAAACAAAUCGACCAUGACCUAUGUAAAAACCAGGUCUAUAUAGGUUAGGGGUAAGAGGGCGAUUUUGGAACCACAGCUAAACUCUCUACCACUGCUUGCAUUUCCCAUUGCUAUUGAAUAUGCACCUUUUUGAAAAUGUCUGGUCGUGGGCCAGAAGGUUUGCUCGAAUGAUGCGACUCACACAGAACAACUUUGUUUGGCAGUAAACUAAUAUUACCUUCAUCAAUGCAAAUGUUGCUUACCGUAUGAUUCAUUUGAAUGGUAAACCAGAAAUGAGGUCUGUGUUCUCUCGUUGCUGAAUACAUUUGCCCUUUGUUCUGUGUCUUUGGAGAGAACGGCUGCUGUCUCAAUGGUUGCUGUCCUUUUUACUUCAUAAUGGCAUGAAAUUAUUGUGGUAGCUAGACCAUGUCAAUUCCUUUCUGCUAUCUGCUUUCAUGAAAGAAUAAUGACACAGAUAUGGAGACAUGGAAAGCCAUUUAAGUAUAUUGAGAGAGACUUGGUCUUCUCCUGUAAUGUGUUUAUUGAUUAAGAUUGCAUAAGGAUUACACAUGUUUUUAUAAUUCAAAGGUUAGCUUUUCAGUUGUCAUGUUUUUGUGACUCGCUUCUUCUGUUGCUUCUUCCUGCAGGCUCGUCACAGCCAUUGAGCAACGUGGGCUCGCUGGGAGGCCCUGCCCCCGGAGCUCAGCGAAUGUUCCCCCAGACGCAACAAGCCAUGAUGGGCAUGACCAUGGGCCAACAGGGUGGUGUUGGCCCCACCCCUGGCGCCCCCCCUGCCUCCAGCCAAACAGACAUGAGCCUCUCCUCCUGUGGGGGCGUUAUGGAUUCUGCCUUACAGCAUCAGGUACUCUAUAGCAACAUGAACAUGCACCCCUCACACCCCUCCCAGCAAAGUUCCAUGCAGAGGCAGCCUGUAGGCAAUAUGGGCGCCCCCUACCGACAGAACAUGCUAUCCCAGCAGCAACACCUUAAAAACCAGCCCAACGCUGCCCUGCUAAAACAACAACAACAACAGCAGCAGCAGUUAGCCAGACUACCCAGCUCCAUGCCCGGCGGCAACAUGCCCAGUGUUAUGCCCAACGCCAUGCAGAGCACCCAGAGCCAAGCCUGGCAGCAGCAGGGCAUGCAGCAAGCUAUGGGUGCCCAACAGUCUCCCUCCAGCAACGGAGGUCUCCCGCCCAAUGCCUUUGCCAACACCAACACCUUCCACAUGCAGCAGCAGACCCACAUGCCAAACAAAAUGCCUGUCGGUAACACCCCCUUCGGCGCCAAUGCCAACAGCAGGCCCAUGGGCGCCAUGAACCCCGCCCAGCAACAGAUGAUGCAGCAGGCCCAGCAAAGGACUGCAGCCAACCCCCAAGUUUCCCUUGGGCAGCCAUUAGGCCCAGGUCAAGUCUUACCCAAUCAGCAACAGCAGGGUUCCCAAGGCCAGGGGGUGUUACCGGACCUGGGGGCCUUCGGUCAGCCGCAGGGGGGGCAUUCGGUCAGCCAAGGGCUCCAGUGCAGCCAGCAGGGCUACCAGGUCAACAGAACUGCUAACCAACAACAGCAGUUGCCGUUUGGCUACAACACUGGGUCAGGGGCUAGCAGUCUGCCCAGCUUCCCUGGGGAGAGUGACCUGGUGGACUCUCUGCUGAAAGGACAGAGCACGCAGGAGUGGAUGGACGAUCUGGAUGAGCUCUUAGCUAGCCACCACUGA